CCACGACGGACGGAUGACCUAGUAGCAGUUCGCACGCAAACGAGGGACGGAGGGAGGGCGACCGCGACACCUGCCAGUGCGCCGCGCCGCCGGCUGCCGGCGACUGCCUCCACUCUCCUGCCAGGGACUGCCCCGCCCCCCUGUCGCUCGCUUUCCCCCCACCCCCAGGCCCCCAAGUUCCCCAGCCGGCCGGCCGUCCCUGCCUCCCCGCUGCUCAGGACAGUCGGUGCUGCUCUAGCCUCUAGGCUCUAGGCGGACGCCGCUGCCGCUCUACAGCCUCUACUCCGGCCUCUCCCGACUCCCCGUCUCCCCGCGCAACCUACAGAGGACAGGGCACUCGAGCACGUGAGAACGCCGCCGCCGCCCACACACAGCCGUACGCUCCUCCUCCGCCGCCACCGAAGCCCUCCACUGCAACAGUGCUCUCCGCUGCCGACCACACGUUGCAAUCUUGCAUGCCUCCGACGCUUCCAACAACUUAACUACUGGCUGCCCUUUUCCGCAACCCUCUCCCUUCUGCCUUUUUAUCUUCACUCUUCUCUUGGCCUGAUUCCAACAAGGAAAUUCUAAAGCCUAAUCAAUCUGCAUCGCUUCUGAUCCUUCAGCCAUGCAUCUCACUCUUGAAUUCGGGGGCGGUCUGGAGCUUCUCCUAGAGAAAUCCACCAAGGUACACAAGGUGGAUGUCCAGCAUAGGGACGGUGAAGACAAGGCCACGAUGAAGGGGUUGCUCUCUUGGGUGAAGUCCAAUUUGAUCAAGGAGCGGCCGGAGAUGUUCAUCAAAGAUGAUUCUGUGAGGCCUGGGGUUCUUGUCCUUAUAAACGACUGCGACUGGGAGUUGUGUGGUGGCCUUGAUGCAGAGUUGGAAGAGAAGGACGUGGUUGUGUUCAUCUCCACACUGCACGGUGGUUAAUUUUAUUCUACUGUAGGGUUCGGAUGGCAUUGCGAUCUGUGGAAAAGAUACUAAAUGCGCUGUAGGGUAAGGGUGGGAGGGGGCAAACAUAAUUCCUUUUGGAUGAUUUUUGGUGGAUAAAUAAGCCUAAUAUUAAGGUAUAUACAAAAAAAAAUCUUAUUAGC